CUGCGCACCGCGCUGAAGGCGCUCGCGAUCGUUUUUCUGGUCUUCUUCUUCGUCUGGACCACGCUGCCGCUGUUGAUCAUGGUGGUUUCGUCCUUCAAGGACCUGCUGGACGCGUUCAAGCUGCCGGCGGUCGGCGAUUUCGGCGGGGUCGGCGUGAUGUUCGACUUCAAGCCGACCGGCACGCACUACGUCGAGCUCUUCACCGAAAGCACUUCGGCGUCUACCUGCGCAACAGCCUGA